AAUAUAUCAAUACGGUGGCAACUUGUCUAAUCAUGGGGAGGUCAUGGAUGGAGUUAGAAAAGUAAUUAUGAGAUUACUGCCAGAUCUAAAUGAGCAAGUGGAAGCCAUCAACCAAAUUUCGGUAUUUCGAAAUAAAGAAGAUUCUUUUGGAACAACAGUGGCCCAAGUAGCAGUUCAAGCAACUAAUCCUGGUAAUUAUUUAAGUGACACACUUUUUUAAUUUACCAUCUUCUUUUAUAUUAUAGUCCAAUAAAAUACAUCAUCGUGAGUCUAGUAUUUCUAAUUUUUUUGUUAUGUAACUGAAUGGUGGAUCCAUUAUGGCGUAUCUGUCCCCCAACUUCAAAAAGUUGCUGUGAAAGUAUUGAGUCAAACCACUUCUUCUUCAAAUUGUGAGCGAAACUGGAGUACCUUUAGCCUUAUACACACAAAGACAAGGAAUCGAUUAAAAUAUCAAAAAUUAAACAAGAUUGUCUAUGCGUACUACAAUAUGAGGCUAAAGAUUAGGCAUGCGACUAGAAGAAGUGAUGAGGAGAGAGAUGAUCAUUUUAAUCCCACUAAUCUUGAUUACAUCUUUGACGAGGAUGAUCCAUUAGCUGAAUGGUUGCAAGAGGAAGAGCACGCAAUAUUGGAUGAUGUAGACAAUUCAGAAUGGUUGGAUACAGGUGAUACGCAGAAUCCCCAAAAUGUAGACCUAUCUGAAAACAGUUCAAGUGGAGGUCGUGGUUUGAGUCCAUCUGGUAGUGGCAGUGGGGAUGAUGAUGGUCCUAAUGGUUGGGAAACACAAGAUAAUAUAGUGAAUCGCACUACUUAUCAUGAGGAGGAUGGUGGAAUUAGGGAUUCUACACAACAACGACGACACUCUGUAUCAUCUGAUGAUGGAGGAUUGAAUAGGAUUAGACGUUCACGUCCUAUUAGUGACAUUUAUACUAAUCCUAAUCUCAGAGACCAAUUUGGACAGCUUGAAGUUGGGCAAGAUCAUGGGAGAGCACAUCAUUGGCAGCAAAGACCCAUAUAUCCAUAUUAUCCCCCUCAAGAACAGCAAUCUUAUUUUAAUCAACCAGAACCACCAUUUAUGGGGAUAGGAUAUCCACAUCGAUCUCACCAGCAUUCAUACAGUGGGAGCUCUUCAUAUGGUAGUAAUCCUACGGUCAGAGAACCAUCAACACAUGGGUAUUCACAACAACAAUCCGAUAGUAGCGGCACCACCAAUAAUUUUGAGCACUGUAAUUUCACCAACAACUUCUACGGAUACGUAUUUGGAGCUGCUGGGCAAAAUAGUCAUGGUGAUGAUCAAUUUAAUGAGGAAUAUGUAGAUCCUGCGGUACCUCCACGUCAUUCAUUCUGGCAUUGAAGUUGUAUUAGCAAAAUUAUGUAUGACUUAAAAGCUAUGAGCUUGAAACUAGUUGUGACUAGCGCUUAUGUAAUGUAAAACCUCUAUGGUGUGUUUAUUUUAAUGUUUUCAUCUUAUUUUUGCUAUUUAUGUCAAUUAUAUCGAAACUUAUAAUGUUGCAUUUUUCUCAUAUUUGUAAAAUCUUAUUGACUUGCGAGUUUUGAUAAAUUAUCGGAUAUUUCACAUGAAGAGAAUGGGCUAUUACAUGUCUUAAAUUAAUUAAAAGGUGAUAAUUUAAGCCAAUGUUUGGGGUAAAAGUAUAUUUUUCAAGUUUUAUACAUGUUGCUGAUGAUUUUUAAAAAUUCACGACCGCGACACCCGAUUCCCGCGACGUAUCACCGAUAUGUCCCGAUACCGAUAUACCGCGACCGAUACCGCGACGGCGACCGAUACCGCGAUUUAAAACUA